AUGACCCCCAGGCCCGCCGGAGCAUUGGCCGGCAGCCCCGACGGGGGCUGGGGCUGGGUGGUGGCCGGCUCGGCCUUCCUGGUGAACGGGCUCUCCUACGGGCUGCUGCGGUCCCUGGGCCUCGCCCUCCCGGACAUCGCCGAGCACUUCGGCCGAACCUCCCAGGACACGGCGUGGGUCAGCGCCCUGGCCCUGGCCGUGCAGCAGGCGGCCAGUCCGGUGGGCAGCGCCCUAAGCACCCGCUGGGGGGCGCGCCCCGUGGUGAUGAUUGGGGGCGUCCUCACCUCGCUCGGCUUCCUCUUCUCGGCUUUCGCGGGAAGCCUGCUGCACCUCUAUCUCGGCCUGGGCGUCCUCGCCGGCUCCGGCUGGGCCCUGGCGUUCGCCCCGGCCCUGGGCACCCUCUCCCGCUACUUCUCCCGCCGGCGGGUCCUGGCCGUGGGGCUGGCGCUGACGGGCAACGGCGCCUCCUCGCUGCUUUUGGCGCCUGCCUUGCAGCUCCUGCUGGACGCCUUCGGCUGGCGGGGCGCCCUGCUACUCCUGGGCGCCGUCACCCUCCACCUCAUCCCCUGCGGCGCCCUGCUGAGGCCCCUGGAGCUUCCUGGCGACCCCCUCGCCCCGCCCCGCGGGCUCUUCGCUGCCCUGGGCCUGGGUCUCUUCACACGCCCGGCCUUCCUGGUGUUCGCUCUGGGCACUGCCCUGGUGGGCGGCGGGUACUUCGUCCCCUACGUGCACCUGGCCCCCCACGCUUUAGACCGGGGCCUCGGGGGGUACCGGGCAGCGCUGGUGGUGGCGGUGGCCGCGGUGGCGGAUGCGGGCGCCCGGCUGGCCUGCGGGUGGGUGGCCGACCAGGGCUGGGUGCCCCUCCCGCGGCUGCUGGCGCUGUUCGGGGCUCUGACGGGGCUGGCGCUGCUGGCCGUGGGGCUGGUGCCGGUGGUAGGGGGCCAGGAGGCCUGGGGGGGCUCCCUGCUGGCUGCGGCCGGGGCCUAUGGGCUGAGCGCAGGCAGUUACGCCCCGCUGGUGUUCGGGGUGCUCCCCGGGCUGGUGGGUAUCGGAGGGGUAGUGCAGGCCACGGGUCUGGUGAUGCUGCUGAUGAGCCUCGGGGGGCUCCUGGGCCCCCCACUGUCAGGUAAGGGACUGACUGAGCCAGCAGAUUCCCCCUACCCCUACUCUCCCACCCUCCUACUGGGGUCCAAGGCCUCUAAACUCCUUUCCCCUUCCUCUCAGGCUUCCUAA